AUGAGCUGUAAUUCCAAUUACAAUUACAAUAACAAUAACAAUGGUGGUGGAAAUUCCAGCAGCAACCAAACACAAAGGCGAAAUAACAGUGGCAAUAAUGACCGCCGACCUCAACAGUUGCCAAUUCCGCCUGAGCUUCAGUCAUCAGUAAGACUCGAUGAAUACCCGUCACCGAUUGCGGCGGCGCUUGCCAUUGCCAAUGGAACGCCUGCUGCGAGAACGAGAACGGAUGGAGGAGAUAAUGGGGACGAUGAGGAGGCAGCUAACAGAAGAAAUGGUCAAGAGGCUCCACCUGAUCCAAGGCCGCCGCAAUAA